UCCCGGGUCCUGCUGAAACAUUUUGGAUAAAGACAACUCGAAGGUGGCACAAUGACGGGCAGCAUCGAGGGACUGGAGAGGUUUGACAGUCCGGGAAAAGGACGAGGUCUCCGCGUUACCAGGGCCUUUAAAGUUGGAGAGCUGCUGUUUUCCUGCCAGGCUUACUCUUAUGUGCUAUCAGUAAAGGAGAGAGGCUACUACUGCGAGUUCUGCUUCACCAGGAAAGAGGGCUUGGCAAGAUGUGGGAAGUGCAAGAAAGCAUGCUACUGCAAUGUAAAAUGCCAGAAAGGGGACUGGGCCAUGCACAAGCUGGAGUGUUCUGCAAUGACUGCAUUCGGAGAGAACUGGUGCCCGUCAGAGAUGAGCCGCCUGGUGGCCCGGAUCCUUGCCAAGAAGAAAACACAGAAAGAAAGAUGUGUUUCUGAGAAGAUCUUGCUCAUAGGAGAGAUGCAAUCACACGUGGAGGACGUAGAUAAUGAGAAAAGAGAAAUGAACGAGGCAGAUAUUGCUGGACUGCAUCGUUUUUACUCCAAACAUUUGGAGUUGCCCGACCAUAAAGACUUGCUCACCCUCUUCUCCCAGGUUGCCUGUAAUGGUUUCACGAUAGAGGAUGAUGAACUGUCCCACAUGGGUACUGCAGUCUACCCAGAUGUGGCACUGAUAAACCACAGCUGUCUUCCCAGUGUCAUAGUAACAUAUAACGGGACCACGGCUGAGGUUCGGGCAGUGCAGAACAUGAAGGCCGGAGAUGAGGUGCUCAUCAGCUACAUAGACCUCCUCUAUCCAACAGACGACCGCAACAACAGGCUGAGAGAGUCCUAUUACUUCACCUGUGAGUGCCAGGAAUGCAAAAACAAGUCCAAGGACAAGGCAAAGUUGAAAGUACGUAAGCGGAGUGACCCCAUCGAGGCAGAGGUCAUCAGCAACAUGGUGCGCUACGCCAGAAAAACCGUCAGAGAGUUCCGGGCUUUAAAACACAUAAAAACCCCUAGCGAGCUGUUGGAGAUGUGUGAACAGAGCCUGGAUGAGAUGGGUGCCAUCUUUGAUGACUCCAAUGUGUACAUGCUCCACAUGAUGUACCAGGCCAUGGGGGUUUGUCUCUACAUGCAAGAUGCUAUAGGAGCUAUCAGAUACGGCGAGAAGAUCCUCAAACCUUACAGCAAGCUGUAUCCAGCCUACUCUUUGAAUGUGUCUUCCAUGUACCUGAAGUUGGGCAGACUGUACAUGGGGCUAGAGAGGCACUCAUUGGGCAUCAGCGCUCUCAAGAAGGCAAUGGCCAUUAUGGAGGUGGCUCAUGGGAAGGAUCACUUCUACUUGACAGAGUUGCGCAAAGAGAUAGCAGGAAAAUGAAGAGAAAGGAAAGAAAUGCUAUAACACCGUGAAUCCCUGAGGACUGCAUACAGUCCUUUGAUUUGGAGCUUUACAGAACUGGUGGCACUUUCUAUUCUUUUUAGCACUGAAGCAAAGAUAGAGCAUUCAUGUUUUUAUGGGAAAAAUGUGUUUUUUGAGAUUUAACUUCUUACAUCAGUGUUAUGUUUGCAUGAACCUAUUCGUUGUGAGCAAUGUGAAAAUUUGACAUUGUGAAAUUUUACUUAUGUUGACCAUAAUGUGUUUGAGAAUUCUCUACCAAAUUGUUUUUCACAUGUUUGCUUUGGCUUGUGACUGACACGUCAGCUGGACCCUGUCAUCCAUCAGAAUUGAGUUGUUUACAUGUGUGUAGGUGUUCGACGCACCAAAAUCCCUGUUAGUCAAUCAGGACAGCUGCCUCACCGCAAGGAGCCUAUAAAAGCUGCAGUAUGUGCCUGAGUGGAGGGUUGGGAUAGAGCACUGUGUUUGCAUUAACACCUUGCGUGAGAGCUCUUUGCUAAUUAAGGUCUUCAGUACUGCGAGAAAAACCCUCUCCAACACACAGUCAGCAUUACCAGCUAAAAAAAAUGAAUUUGUGGCCACAGUCUUAAAGAAAAUAAGGCUUUAUUGCAUAAUAAGCAAGUACGACAGCUUCAUACAAGGGUAGAGAAAAACAAACAACUUGAUGUACUCAAAACGCAUAUACAAAACAUCUGUACAUAUACUUUGAAAGGUAUCUGGUAGUUUUGCCAAAAAGGGGAAAAAUUAAAUAUAACAAACAGUGGAAUGCAGUAUGAGAAAAUACUGUCACAAAGAGAACAGAAGUGCAACAAACACUUAAGAAAGCAUAAAGCUUAGACUUAUUUGAGAAUAUAUACAUUGAAAUAUAAAAAUGCAUGCAUAGUUUAUUAUGUUGCGGUAUUUUUAGGGUACCAAGUCAAAAAGAAAUCUUUUCUCACAUGCCCAUUAUGUACAAAGUUACUCUGGACAUGGCUGACUGCAUUACGAUUCAGAAAAAUAAAAAGUACAUUUAACUAAACAUGUAAAAGGAAAUUCUUCAGAAUGUAAUGUUAUGAACAGGAAUGGCAACAUAGAAAUCUACCUGGUUUGGAUCAGAUUAUUAUAACGGCUGCCUUUUCUUAGUUGUGUCACUUUUACACUAUUAUCCUUAAAAAAUAAACAAUACAUCAGCAUUCUCUUACUGCCAAAUCCUUAACUGAGAAUUAGGUAAAUUAUUUGAAAUGUUGGAGUUGUUCUUUAAACAAAACACAAAAUAUUAAAUACUGAUUUAAAGAUUUAAUCUUUGGAGGAAAACCGAACCAGAGCCCCAUAACAACGAUCGAGAUGUCAGCGAGGCAACUUCCCCUUGUUUCAAUAAGGCACAAUGAUGCUGUAUUUGCUAUAUAAGGACAUAAUUCUCUAGUGACUGCAUAUGUAAAGAGUGAAAUGAUAUUUUAAAUUGUCUCCAAUUCAUUGGACAAACAGCUUAUAGACUUAAAUGCUUUUAGGUAAGAAAUGUGAUAACAAGCAACUGUGAGAAUUUAGUGAGUGAGUGUGAGUGUGUGUGUGGAGGAGGGAUCUUAAUAGAUUUGUAUCCAAUGAGGCAACUGCAAAAGGAAAUUUGGAGCGAUCUUUUUGACACUGACAAGGAAGGCUUUCCGAAAAAUAUAGUAAAGAUUAAGUUGGAAAGUAAGUUGACAGGACAAGGAUCAACAUGCUUCUCAAUGCUCCGUUCAAUGGCAAAGGUGACCACAAUCUAAAUAAAUAAAAACAUUUGUUAUAAUGUUGAAGUAAA